GUUCAAAGGCGGUAGUUUCUUUGCGCAACAUUAUCACAUAUUCAACUGAAGGACGUGGUCGUGCUUACUGGGUAGAGUGAAGGUCGACAGAGUUCCCCACGGUGUCUUCCGGGCCUAUCGACGUGACGCUGUUCAGGAGCCUACAAAGAUUCAGCAACCACCAUCAGCUCGGCAUUUGUUGAUCAAAGCCGGCCACACGACUUCCUGCCACACAUGCCAACACUCAAGCGCGACCGUUCAACCAUGAGUGACGAAGGUUCAAGGAAGAGGGCCAAGACGUCUCCGUUUGAUGAUACUCCAGCUGUCCAGCCACCGAUGGAUAUGGAUACCAUCACUGAGGAGGUACUCGUGAAACCUGCCGUCGACGCCCCUCCAUCACAAGAGCUUCAGACGCUUCAGAUACUUCGAGGCGACUUUGACGAUUUGCGACAACUCAUUACCUGCAAAGUCUGCGAGCGUCUACUGUACGAACCCUACGUUAUCUCCUGCGGCCACACAUAUUGUUACAGCUGUCUAUGCACAUGGUUCGCCACCAGCAAGAAGAAGACAUGUCCCAACUGCCGCGACGUCAUAACCCAGCCUCCAGCUCCUUCCUAUGUCAUCAAGGAAAUGGCCAACAUCUUCAUGCGUCGCCACGAUCUUCUACCCGACGGCGAAACCAUCGAACAACACGAACAAUGGAAGUUUGAAGAGGCGGAUCUAGUGCGCAAGGAUAAGAACAACACAGAUCCUCGGACCGGCGGUCUCUUUAGGGGCGUCUUCAAGCCUCGUCGUCCUAGAGUACACCCUAUCCACGACCCCAUCGACCACAUCGACAGAUGUCCGGAAUGUAACUGGGAGGUCGAACGUGGCUUGUGUGGACAGUGUGGCCUUCUCAUGGACCGCAAUAGCGACAGCGAAAGCGACAGUGACGAUGACAGUCUCUCAGGCUUGAGCAACGAAGAAAUCUCAGACGACUUUGAAGACGAGGACCUUGACGCUAGUGCCGUCUAUGGUGAAUUCGACGAAGACUUCGACGGACAAGCUCGCGAAGGAGAACCGCAUCUGGAUUUCGGCUCGGACCUAGGAAGUGAAGAAGAAGCCCUCGCGCAAAGAGAAUUAUGGCGACUUCUCGUACGAAGCGGUCGACUACCCAGAAAUCUGCCUUUCGAGCAAUUCGCUCGUGACGGAAGAAGACACCGCAUUGUGGAUAGCGAAGCAGAAGACGAAGACAUGGGCCACGACUUGAAUGAGGAAGAUGAAGACGAUGAUGAAUCCGGCUCAAUACAUGACUUCCUGGACGAUAGAGAUGUCGGCGAGAUUACCGCUAUGACCAUCAGCUCACCUACCAUCGAAGAGCGCACACCAGCUAGACCGAGAAACCGCCAUCGACACGAACAACAAGACCACUCGGAUUCUGAAUCAAGCUCGGAUUCAGAUUCUGACUCCGAUUCUGACGGUGUGCGCCACAAUCCUCAAUUCCAUCGUCCUCAGGUUCCUGUAUACACGAUUCACGACGAUGAUGACGAUGACGAAGAAGAAGAAGAAAUACGACCUAUACGCCGCCGAGCUGUACAUCACAUAGCUUCCGACAGCGAUGAUAGCGAUGACGAACCAAGACGCAUCUCAACACAUUUCCGCCAGCAGCCCGCAUCGCGUAGAUCGCAGCCACCCGUCCUAGCACGUCGACCACGUCCCUUGGUCAUCGAUAGCGAUGACAGCGAUAGCGAAAGCUCCACAACAGCAGACGGCAACUCACGACCUCCCAUCGAGAUAUCCGAUGACGAAGAUACCGAAGCUGCUUUCUUCCAAGCCCAACGCAAUCGUAUCCGCAAUCCCAGUCCCGCCGCAGCAUCAGUCGGUUCAUCCGACCGUAGCAGUGUUGACGAUGAAAUCGAACCCGAUGACUACAGCAUCGAUGGCCAUGAUCUCAAUGAAGGAUUCGAAGGCUUUGAAGGCGCUUCCACGUCUAAUGGAGGAUUCUCUCCCAUACAGAGUGGAAGUGAAGAUGGUGCUCCUCAGACUGGUAUGGAUUACUUCAACGUCUACGGCGAUGAGGAGGGUAGUGGAGAUCAAGACGAGGUUGAUGAGGACGAAGACGAGGAUGAAUACUAGAGAUACCCCGGUAGCAGCUGUCGUACCAAAUGAUGCAUUUGAUAUGCAAGUUCUUUCUAUCAUGAUCUGGC